UGUAACUUGUAAGACGUGCCGCAGACCGCAGUGCAUACCAAUUUAAGGUAAAAAGAAACAACUCUUGCAGCUCGGUCAGGGGUCGCCCGGAACGGUGCUUCUAGGUCAUUCAUUACCUAACCCAUCGAGGAACUAGGAUCGCUCUCAACCAUGGGCCAUCUGGUGACGGUGGCAACGUGCAGCUUGAACCAAUGGGUUCUCGACUGGGAAGGAAACCUCGGGCGGAUUAUUGAGAGCAUCCACCAGGCGAAAGCAGCCGGUGCACGUCUGCGUGUUGGUCCUGAACUGGAAAUCUGCGGGUACUCCAGCCUGGACCAUUUCCAUGAGCUCGAUGUAUAUACACACAGCCUGGAAAUGCUCCGCCGGCUGCUGCUGGACGAGAGCACGCAUGGCAUCCUACUCGAUGUCGGCAUGCCGAUCCUCCACAGGAACCUGAGGUACAACUGCCGGGUCAUCUGCUUGGAUGGGAAGAUACUCCUCAUCAGGCCCAAGAUGUGGCUUGCCAACGACGGGAACUACCGCGAGAUGAGACACUUCACCCCGUGGAUGCGGCCUAGGGAGACGGAGCUCUUCCAUCUGCCCAAGAUGCUGGCCGAGGUACAGGGCGAGACGCAUGUUCUCUUCGGCGAUGCCGUCAUCUCGACCCCCGAGACAGCGUUUGGCGCCGAGACCUGCGAGGAGCUGUUCACGCCCAAGGCCCCGCAUAUUGACAUGGCCCUGGACGGCGUCGAGAUCAUCACCAACUCCAGCGGCAGCCACUUCACCCUACGGAAACUCGACACGCGCCUCCAGCUGAUCACGGAAGCGACCCGGAAGUCGGGCGGGGUCUACCUCUACGCAAAUCAGCAAGGGUGCGACGGCGAACGUCUGUACUUUGACGGCUGCGCCAUGAUCAUUGUGAACGGCGAUGUCGUCGCUCAGGGGUCCCAGUUCAGUCUCAACGACGUCGAGGUGGUGACUGCCACAGUCGACCUGGAGGAAGUCCGGUCCUACCGUGCUGCCAUCUCGCGCGGUCUCCAGGCGGCAGCGUCCACGGCCAAGUAUCAGAGGAUCCAGACGCCCUUUGAGCUCAGCUCCGAGGAAGACGACGCAGAUGUCACCAAGGCGCCGACGCUCCCGAUCCAACCGAGGUUCCAUUCCGUGGAGGAGGAAAUCGCCCUCUGCGGUGGCUGCUACCUCUGGGAUUACCUCCGCAGGUCCGGGACCGCGGGCUAUCUGGUCCCCCUGAGUGGAGGCAUCGACUCCUGUGCCACUGCCGUUAUUGUCUACUCGAUGUGUCGCAUCGUCAUGAAAGCGGUCAAGGAAGGGAACCGCCAGGUCAUUGAGGACGUCAAGCGGAUCGCAAGAUAUGGUGGUGAGGGUGUGCUGCCCAAGACGCCACAGGAGCUCUGCAACCAAGUGUUCACGACCCUGUACAUGGGCAUGAAGAAGCAGAGCUCGCGCGAGACCCGUCAGCGUGCAAAGGACCUCUCUGAGGCCAUUGGCAGCUACCACGUCAACCUCGACAUUGACGACGUCUACGAGGCUCAAAAGAAGCUCGUCGUCAGCACCGUCGGAUUUGAUCCAAAGUUCAAGGUAGAGGGCGGAACAGUGCAGGAGAAUCUGACAUUGCAAUGUUUGCAGGCCAGGAUCAGAAUGGUCACCGCUUAUGAGUUCGGGCAGAUUCUCCCAACGGCCAGGAACAGGCCUGGAGGUGGAAGCCUGCUGGUCUUGGGGAGUGCUAAUGUCGGCGAGGUAAGUCUAAGGGGCUAUCUGACCAAGUAUGACUGCUCGAAUCCCAUCGGCUCCAUCGACAAGGCGGACUUGAAGCGUUUCAUCGCAUGGGCCGAGAAGAACUUUGACUUGCCGUGUCUCCAUGAGUUCUUGACCGCUGUGCCAACUGCAGAGCUUGAGCCCAUCACGCAAGAUUAUGUGCAGAGUGACGAAGCAGACAUGGGCAUGACCUAUCAGGAACUAACUAUCUUUGGCCGGCUGCGCAAACUUAACAAGCUCGGCCCGUUUGGCAUGUUCCAGCGGCUGGUGCACGACUGGAGCAUUGACCGCGAGCGCAAGCAGGAUGACGAUGCCCCAUAUUAUACGCCGGCCCAGGUUGCAGAGAAGGUCAAGAAGUUCUUCCACUUCUACGCCAUCAACAGGCACAAGAUGACUACCCUCACUCCAGCGUUGCAUUGUAAUGACUACUCACCUGAUGACAACCGCUUCGACCUUAGGCCAUUUUUAUACCCGCCGUUUUGGAAAAGCUGGAGCUUCAAGCGGAUUGAUAUGGAGCUUGAGAGGAUUGAGAAGAAGCAGGCGAGUAAGAAGGCGUGAGCUGGUCAUUCCCGUGUGGUGGGGCAAAAUGGCCUGGCGUGUGCCAAUUACAGUCCAGUCGAUAAUACGCAAGGUGAAAGACCAAGGUCAACAACUGUUGACGUUGUCAUCAUGAAGGCUUUACGUAGUUGUGCUGGGUUAGGGUUAGAAUAGACAUAUUUUAACGUCUUGGAAGAGUGGGCCUAUUCACAAAACUUCGCGG